AGAGAGAGAGAGAGAGAGAGAGAGAGAGAGAGGCAGGCUCUCAGACAUCUCAUCUCAAACAGUCACAGUGAACUGCGGGGCAGACGGAGCGGGUUACUGCUCCUCAACAGCGGACACAACCUCAAAUCAGGAUUUUUCUUAUCGAGCCGUAUCGACCCACAGCCGCCGCUGGUGUCUUGUUUCCGGCCGCUUCGUCCUGGACCUCGACAUUCGGAACUUUGUCUCUUCUCUGGAGUUUGGAGAGCCGUGUUCGUCGGAUAUGGACAGUCGGCGAGUCGCUGCAGGGAGCGACCGGCCGGUGUUCACUCAGUAGCCGCAGGAAUAAAACAGUCCACUGGCCGUUUGGGACUUUUUUUUACUGGAUGUUUGAUGAAGCACGUCGACAUUUUGGUCAAUUCUGGGACUCAGUGGAUUUACCAGGCUCAGGGACGUAUUGAAACUCUUGAUUCCCGGUCGUCGUCUAGAAGUACUUGCGCUUCUAAAGUUGGAGGAAAAACAUGGAGACAGUAAGUCGCCAGAGCUUCCAGCCUCAUCCGGGACUGCAACAAACUCUCAAGCAGUUUCACCUCAGCUCUAUGAGCUCUUUGGGGGGACCGGCGGCUUUCUCUGCCCGGUGGCAACAUGAGCUUUUCUUCAAGAAGGAAGGUAAGGAGCCCGAGCCGGCUCUCCAGCAUCUGCCGCCGCCGGUGAUGCCGGGCCCGCUGUUCAUCCCAUCGGACCGCUCCACGGAGAGGUGCGAGACGGUGCUGGAAGCCGAGACCAUCUCGUGCUUCGUGGUCGGCGGAGAGAAGCGACUGUGCCUGCCGCAGAUCCUCAACACGGUGCUGCGGGACUUAAGCCUACAACAGAUCAACUCGGUGUGCGACGAGCUGCACAUCUACUGUUCCCGGUGCACGGCGGACCAGCUGGAGAUCCUCAAAGUCAUGGGGAUCCUGCCCUUCUCGGCGCCGUCCUGCGGCCUCAUCACCAAGACGGACUCCGAGCGGCUCUGCAACGCCCUGAUCUACGGAGGCGCCUACCCGCCGCGCUGCAAGAAGGAGCUGAGCGGCGGCGCGCUGGAGCUGGAGCUCACCGAGAGGAGCUUCAAAGUCUACCACGAGUGCUUCGGCAAGUGCAAAGGCUUGUUCGUGCCGGAGCUGUACAGCAGCCCCAACGCAGCGUGCAUCCAGUGCAUGGACUGCGGACUCAUGUACCCGACCCAUAAGUUCGUGGUGCACAGUCACAAGGCGCAGGAGAACAGGACUUGCCACUGGGGCUUCGACUCGGCAAACUGGAGAGCGUACAUCCUCCUGGGCCAGGAUUACACGGGGAAAGAGGAGAAGGCCCGUCUUGAGCAGCUCCUGGAAGAGAUCAAGGAGAAAUUUGACUUCGCCAACAAGUACAAGAGGAAAGCAUCGUCUAGGCCAUCUGAUCCCAUCCCGAUCAAAAGGUCCAAACUUGAAGACUUCCCAUCGCCAUCCCCUCUGGCCGACAAAGAGAAGCAGCUCGACUGGCUACAAUCCCUGUCCGCCCCAACUAAGGGGCUUAACUGCAUCCAGCCCAGACAGAGACCCUCAGCUUUCAGGCCCUGGUCCCCCCACAUAUCUGCUGAUAAGGACCCCACCAAUCACCCCCUGGCCCUGCUGAGAGACAGCUUCUACAACUGCAAGAGUCUGGAGAAUGGUGUAGCCCCCAAUGUUUCCCUCACACCACAACCCCUGAGUAAGGUGGGUCCCAUGUCCCCAUCAUUACCCAGCACCUCCCAUCCAAGUGGAGGUGAACCCCCAGGUGAAGGAGCCAACUCGAGGCCCCGAAAGAGAAGAGCCACAGAGGAGCUCCAGCCACCAGUGACUGAGGCCCCCUGCCCGCUUUCCUUCACUGCCAGCAAGCCACCACCACCUCAGGAGGACAAAGACUCUGAGGUGGAGAUUGAAGUGGAGAGCCGGGACGAGUUUACUUCGUCCCUGUCCUCCCUGUCGUCACCAUCUUUCACCUCAUCCAGCAGCUCAGUCAAGGACUUGAGCUCACCAUGCGCCCAAGGGCCCAUUUGCACUGUCACGUCAGCCGAGGGCACUACCCCUACAGCUGCUGCACCCAUUGCACCCCUUGCAGCCCCCGUGACCCCUCCAGAGCUGGGGCUGGAGUCGGAGCUGGAAAGCCUAAGGCAGGCACUGGACAGCGGACUGGACUCUAAAGAGUCAAAGGAGAAGUUUCUGCAUGAGAUUGUGAAGAUGAGGGUGAAGCAGGAGGAGAAGCUGGGAUCGGCCUUGCAGGCCAAACGCAGCCUCCAGCAGGAGUUAGAAUUCUUACGGGUGGCCAAGAAGGAGAAGCUGCGGGAGGCAACCGAGGCAAAGCGGAACCUGAGGAAGGAAAUCGAGCGUCUGCGGGCCGAGAGCGAGAAGAAGAUGAAGGAAGCCAAUGAGUCGCGGAUCCGUCUGAAGAGGGAGCUGGAGCAGGCUCGACAGCUGAGGGUCUGCGACAAAGGCUGCGAGGCAGGACGUCUUCGCGCAAAAUACUCAGCACAGAUCGAGGACCUCCAGAUUAAGCUGCAGCACGCCGAGGCCGACCGCGAGCAGCUCCGAGCCGAUCUGCUGCAUGAGCGGGAGGCCAGGGAGCACCUGGAGAGGGUUGUAAAGGAGCUACAGCAGCAGCUCUGGCCCAAAACCAACGUUGACAAGGACGGGACGCCCAUGGACACGCUUGCGGACAAGUAACCAAGCAGCUUAACUCACAGCCCAACCAUUCACCCCACUCGCCAUGAUCCCCAACUUCAUCUGCCUGUCAGACCACAACCAUACACAGGAGUCCUGGGCCAGCUGCAUCACCCCACUGUCCAUUAUGCUCGCCCUCCAGAACACAAAACUCAAAGACUCUCGCCCUCUGACCAGAGACGGAGAGAUAAGACGAGGACCUGUGUCCAUGCCCAUGAACAGUCAAGUGAAUGUUUCCUUUGGAGAAUGACUGAAAAUAGUAAAGUACAUUUCUGCAACAUGGAAGCAUGUGUUUCUAAAUCAAGCACCGACUUGCACCUUCCACACUCACAGAACGUUAAAAAAACUGGAUCUCAAGGAUUACAUGACACAUGUAUAGCACAAAAACGUGGUUGUGCCUGGAUUUUCUCUGACAGAGAAUGAAGUGAGACUUUUGGACACACAUCCAUGAUAAUUAAUGCUGAAAGACGAUCAUCUUAUAUAAGAGCUACACAGCUGUUUAGAGGUGUUACAGCAGUGCAGCUUGGAGGGCUCACACUCAACUGGCAGUUCCCCGAAAAAGUCUCCAUGGCCGUCCCCGUCAUGGUGAGAUAUGAGGAGGAUUUUAAAGACAUUAUAAGCUAUUUAAGAGACUACAUAGCGAUAUGUAAAGAAAAGAUAGUUACUUUGUUUCUCUGUGCUCAUGGAGUUUAAAAAUAUAAAAGAAACAAACUCAUUAGAGGAUGAACAAAACAAGCAGUUGAACUCUCCACAGUUCCACCGUGGUUUUGUCGGGUUUUCAGGAAGCCAUCGCCGCCCACUGAGGGGGAGAAGCAUCGAGUGUGAAGUUAAAGUUGAAUCAGUAUGUUUCUCUCUUUGCAUCGAACCCUGGAUUAUAUACUGGUAAUAAAAACAUGCCAUGGUAAAGGCACCUUCUUUUAGUGAGCACUUUGUUCGGAUGAUCAAUAACAAUAUCCAUCUCAGCGGUUUUCACAUCAAGUCACAACUGGCAUGUUUUUACUCCAGUUGGCUCCAUCAUGUAUGAAAUCAUAGUGGACUCAGGUGGGGCAUCCUUAGCAAGAACCACAAAAUGUUCAUUUGAAUUAAAUUAAGGUGUGUAAAUAUAAAUAUCUGUUCUUUUCCUUUUUCCUUUACAAUAAUAAGUCGCACUUUGUCAUAACAGAAAUACUGUUUUAAUGCAUUGUACUCCCACUAUUGUCUUCAAUCUUUCUUUGAAAGCAUCAUCUUAUCGUGACUGCUACCAUAUAAAUUCAGUAAGCAUUUUGUUGAUUAUAUGCAUCUCAAAUAAAAAAUCUGUUUUCUUAAGACAAAGUAUUGUAAAUAAAGAAAAAAAGGCUCUACCUGUUGCUUGCUGAUGCAGUCUGGGAUUGUUUGAAAUUCUUUCUCGACACACUCCCGUUUUUUGUAAUAUAAUGACACAACUGUCGCUUCAGCACCAAGUUAACACAUGUAACAAGUUUGACAGAGAAAGUUCACUAACAACUUACUGUACGACACCGUGUUGAGUUUUUAUUGGAGCCUGAACAAAAAAUCAGAUGGUCAAAGAUUCAAAUCAGAUUCAAUCCAAAUGGCAGAGACCAUGACUACGCCUCCUCACAGUGGGUACAAUGCAAUCAGAAUGUACAUUGUGUUAAUUCUAAUUUUUCUUUGGUUGUUGAUGUUGUUUUUUAAACGUGGAGAUAUUUUAUUGCUCGUCUGUUAUGUUCCCUUUUUUCAAUAGAAAACUCAUAUUUUCUUUAUGCAUGAACUUUGAGAAAGUUUGCCAUACAUAUAGUCGGUUAUUGGGCAUUUGAUACUGUACAUGUAAGGGUUUUUUGUGUUAUUCAACAUAAAGCAAUUUAUCUUAUUUACGAGAGGAAGAAGACUUUAAAAAAGCAACAAACUGUUGCAAAUGUUUUUUUAAGAAAAAGAAAAACUUCACACUUGAAAAAAACUAAAGACAUGAAAAAAAAAAAUGCAAUGCUGGACAACCUCAAGUGCCUGGAUGUGGGCGAAAGGUUUCCAGAGUAAGAAAAAAUGAUGAUGAAGCUGUUGGGGCGGAGCCUCUCAUCAACUUCCUGUUUGCAGGUUUUCAAAUUAAAUGACCCUCCCUCGCUCAGCAGCUCUUUUUUCAGUAUUCCUAAAACCAACCAGUUUACAAUUUUUUUUCUUUUUCAAUGCAGAGAACAAUUGAACAAAGGCUAGAUGCUUGAGGGUUUUUUUCCCUGAAUGAGGGCUUUUUUUAAAUUAAUCUGAAUACAAUGAUAUGCAUGUUCAAAACAUUUUUAUAGAACAUCUUUAAAAGCCACUUGCUUCGGUGAAUUGUUACUUUUGGUUGUACAUAAAGAUUUAACUGUUUGUUCCCAGUUUGCUGACUUGUCCAGGGGCGGACCGGUCAAGUAUAAUAAAGAGGGCAUUAUGUCGAAGGCCCAUUUCUUAUUCAACAUUACCGAUAUUGCUCAGAGGACGACACUGUGUCUGUCACCUUGACAGACCUAAAAUUGGUACAUUUUGUAGUUGUUUUUACACUCAAAAGAAUUGAUAGCCAAUGUGUAGUUUACUUUACUCAUGGUUUUCUACAAAAUAAGGGAGACAAUAAUGACAUUGGCUCUUCACUCUCCCAAAUAAAAAGAAAAAAGCAGUUUAACAACGUCUUGUUUUCUAAAAGAGAAUCAUUUUGCUAAAUAAUGGACAGCAAAGCAGCAAUAACAGUCCAUAUUAAUAGACAAAUAAUAGCCAGUGUGAAGAUUUGAAUAAGGAUUUUCAAAUGUAAAUAUUUUUUCUUUACAAUAUUGUAUAAUAUAUGUACAUGGUGUUUCCUUUUUCAAAAAUAAUUUCUUUCUUACAAUAACUGUCUUGUUUUUUUGGGGGGAAUUUGUGUUUUAACUGAGAUGUUUCAAAAACAGUAAAUGCAGUGCGUAAGAGAAUAUUCCCUUCAUAAACAUGUUAACCCAUUUCUUUUCAUUUUUUACUGUAGAGUCUUUAUAUUGAAUGACUUUUAUUCACCAGUUCAUAUAUAUUUUUAACAGUAUGUUUAGUAUCAGAUAGCUGACCUGUGCUAUGGGUUACACACACACACACACACACACACACACACAUGACUAAGCCACUUUCUGAUUGUUUCUCCCUAACCCUCAUGUAUCUUUUUAGCCCUGUGCUGCUGCUAAUACUAUAUAAACCUUACAAUUCUAGAAUUAUUUUUAUCUAAGAGGUAAAUGUAAGCUUUCCCAUUUAUUAAUACCACAUAUACAGUAUGGAAAAAAGCUUGGCUUGUUUAUCUAUAUCCCCUGUUUCCCUCAUCUUUUCACACCUUUGUCCUCAUCUCUCCAUUAUCUCCCUUCCCCUUCUCUCACGACACGGACUAUAUUGUAAAGUAAAGGACUUUAUGAGAUUAUGUUUGAAAAUAGCUAUGCUUAUAUACUACAAUGACUGAAUGUACAGUGUAUAGAUGCAUUACCAGAAAUAAAGUUGUUUGUCCAGA